AUCUCUGGUAGAUCUAUCUUGCGUCUUAUGUGCGCAAAGGCCCGACAAAAUGUGUAAACUCUGAUUGGAAGAGCAAGACCGACAAAAGCCCCCACGGUAGCCAAUCAACGCACACACCAAACAAAUACACUCGAAUCAGAUUGGACCGUUGUCACUCUUGGGCUGCUGGCAGUGCUAAAAUAGUCGCAUUCUACGAAAGACCUUUGAAAUUGGAUCACAUAUCGGUACAUCACCACUAGCUUCCUCAAUUAACUCAAAGGUGAGUCAUGUCGUCGGUUUUCUCCAGCACGGACUCUGUGGGCGCCGAGCCCUCCGUCUGCCCCAAUGCAGCCAAGCUCAGCAACGCACAAGCCAACGGAGUGGCUGCCAUUUUGAAAGGGGGAUCCAAGGUCAACGGAGAAGCCAUGUUGAACGGCCACAAGCUCUCCAUGAAUGGAUCGGCUCAAGUGAACGAGGACAGUGCUGGCCGUAAGGCCCAGAAUGGGUCGGUCCAUGUGAACGGGCAUGAGGGGGAGAACGAUCUAGAGAAGGCAGCCGCAGGCGUGGAGGAGAGGCAGUGGAUCCGUCCUGACUUGCCCAGCAAAUGCACUUGGAAACUGGGCGGGUCUUCCGUAGAGUCCCCUCACUGCCACUCUGAACUGACUGAAGCUCCCAGCAUUCUACCCAACAUCCUCGGGAAGAUCGGAGACACACCUCUGGUCCGCAUGAACAAGAUCCCCAAAGCCUUCGGCCUUAAGUGUGAACUCUUGGCCAAGUGUGAGUUCUUUAACGCAGGGGGCAGUGUGAAGGACCGUAUCAGUCUAAGGAUGGUGGAGGAUGCAGAGAGAAAUGGGAUCCUCAAACCAGGAGACACCAUCAUCGAGCCUACCUCUGGCAACACAGGUAUUGGUCUGGCCCUGGCCUCUGCAGUUAAAGGCUAUCGCUGCAUCAUCGUCAUGCCUGAGAAGAUGAGCAUGGAGAAGGUGGAUGUGCUUAGAGCCUUGGGGGCGGAGAUCGUGCGUACCCCAACCACCGCCCGCUUUGAUUCGCCGGAAUCCCACGUGGGCGUGGCCUGGCGUCUGAAGAAUGAGAUUCCCAACUCUCAUAUCCUGGACCAGUACCGUAACCCUAGCAACCCCCUGGCCCACUACGACACCACUGCCGAAGAGAUCCUGGAGCAGUGUGAUGGUAAGGUGGACAUGUUGGUGGCAGGAGCUGGCACCGGUGGCACCAUCACUGGCAUCGCCCGCAAGCUGAAGGAGAGAUGCCCCAACAUCAAGAUCGUGGGUGUGGACCCUGAGGGUUCUAUACUGGCUGAGCCAGAGGAGCUGAACAAAACAGAUAAGACCCAGUACGAGGUGGAGGGCAUCGGAUACGACUUCAUCCCUACUGUACUAGACAGAUCUGUAGUUGACAGGUGGUAUAAGUCCAAUGACGAUGAGUCUUUUGCCAUGUCACGCAUGCUGAUCAGGGAGGAGGGGCUUCUCUGCGGAGGUAGUUCAGGUACGGCCAUGGCUGCAGCAGUUAGAAUGGCCACAGAGCUGAAGGAGGGCCAGCGCUGUGUCGUCAUCCUGCCUGACUCCAUCCGCAACUACAUGUCUAAGUUCCUGAGUGAUAACUGGAUGUGUGAUAAGGGCUUCCUAACCCCAGAAGACCUGAUGGUGUCCAAACCCUGGUGGUGGAACCUGAGUCUGCAGGGUCUGAACCUAUUUUCCCCCCUCACUGUGCUGCCUUCAGUCAACAUCAAGAAGACCAUCAAGAUCCUCAAGGAGAAGGCCUUCGACCAGGCACCCGUCGUUGACGAGUCCGGCGUGAUCCUAGGGAUGGUUACCCUUGGCAAUAUGUUGUCUUCAGUACUGGCUGGGAAGGUCAAGGCCUCUGACCCUGUCGCCAAGGUGCUUUACAAACAAUUCAAACAGGUGCGGCUGACAGAUAACCUGGGUAAGCUGUCCCGUAUCUUGGAGACAGAUCACUUUGCCCUGGUGGUGCAUGAGCAGAUCCAAUACAUGGAGGAUGGCUCGCCCUGUCUUAGACAGAUGGUAUUCGGGGUGGUGACCGCCAUUGACAUGCUUAAUUACAUCACCACGCGCGAGCGGCAGGGAAGCACACGCGAGCGCACGCUGUCAGAGUGCUCAAUAACGUCAGAGUGCUCGCUGACCGACUAGCUGUGACCACUUCCUGUUUCCUGUGGAGAGGAGGAAGUGACCGCCCACCUGACACCCUCUAAGUAACGACAAUGACGAUGAAGAUGAUGUAGAAAUUUAGAAGUGGUGGGGGUUGUGGUUUAGUCUUAAAAUAAGUCAAUAUUAAUUUCCUCCCCUUUUGACUACAUUGAUUUUGUUAUUUGUCUGUGAUGAUAAUAAUUAUUCACUGUAGCUUAUACUGCGAUUGAAGCAGCUUAGCUGGUUUCAGAUACAUGGUUUUCCUCUAACUUUAAGGUAUGGAAAUUGCAUGUAACAAACAGUGUGCAACCAGACUGCCUUGCCUCUUCAUUAUCGAAAGUCUUUUACUUUUUAAUCUACUUAAAAAUAAUAGUGUUCCUCUGACUUGUCAUUUUUAUUGCAGAGGAUACUGAAACAUUACAAUAUCCUCGCUAGACUAACAACUCAGUACAUUUGAAUCUUUCAGUUAAAUAGUCAUCAUAUAGCUACCAUUUGUAUUGCAUUGAGAUUUGUAUAUAACUGAUAUGCGAAUGUGAGCUUCAUCUUAUUAAGACUUAAAAGCACAUUAUAGAUUUUUGCUGCUUCUUUGAUACCAAUGAAGUUACAUCACCAUCUAGUGGCAGCUAAAGACAGGGCAUGGGCCAAAAAAUGGCUAUUUGGGUUGCUCAGUGUGAAAUGGUUACCAAGAAGAAGCGUUACGUUGACAACAUUCAAAGAGAUAGGAUGUCGGUGAAGAGUACCUGUCUUUUUGUUUGAAGGCUUUGGUAAAGGAACCAAGGUCUCAGGGUAGGUCCGGUUAAGGAUAGGAGAGUUUGGCACACAUCCAAACUGCAACCCAAACAGUAUGACUUGUGUUGGGUCAUUUUUUUCUUCUAUUGAAACGAGAUGUAUUGAAUAAGUCUGUAUUGAAUAGUUUGUUGGCUGAGCGUGCACAGUGCAGCUCUUUUAUACAGGCCUGUCUGUCUGGGUUAGGUUGUUUACGCCAAGGCUUGGGUUGUUUGAACUUUGUACCAUUUGUCUGUACUUGUUGACUUCAUGUACAAUCAUUCAUGUGUAAUGUUAUGUAUGACCAUGGACCCAGAGCUGUUAUGAUCUAUUUACUUUAGCAGGGAUGUAUUUGUAUGUAUAUAUGUCUUUAGUGUUCUUAAGACAGAUGCUGCAGUAUUUGUGUAUGGUGAUGCAGUUAUGGAGGUGAUAUUUGAACUACAUUCCUGUCUCUUUAUUUCCACCCUG